AUGGAAGCCUUGUCGGUAUUGCAGGAGUCUAGACCCUUACUAGGAGGUGCCAUCCAGCGGUGUAGCGCCGAAGACCGGCUGAGACGAGCUGGAGAAGCCGAUUCGGAAAGCGCAAGGCACGGCAUACGAUACGUGCUUGCAGCCACCGCCGUUUUAGCGCCGGUGGCCGAUGGGGUGGACCGGUCACUCUCGGCACAGGCGCGAAGCCGGCUGGAUUCGACACGCCCUCACGCGGAUGAGGCAUCGACUUGCACUCUCCACACAGCACGUCCUUGCUUCCUCGUGGUAACAGAGGACCGACCGGAAAAGCCGCGAUCGGUUGGCCGCUGCCUCUUGGCUUUCGGAGAGAGGGACGAAGGAAGAGCACGCGCUGCUGGGGCACCGCCUCCCAGGCUCCACAUGCCAUCCCAGCACGCGGAACCGACGGCGACUCCCCGGCUGCCGGAGGUGAUGGACCGGUGA